UGCAGUGCGGGCGUCUCCGCUUUUAGUUCGCCAUACUUGCACAAAGCGACGGUGCCCAGACAAUUGGUGAAGGCAGACGAAAACGCAUCGGCGAAAGCUAACGAGUCAUGGCUGAGCAGGAGCCCACCGAGGAGCAGUUGGCGGCCAUCGCAGCGGAGAAUGCGGAGGGCGACGGGGAGACGGUCAACUACAAGCCGCCCGCCCUCAAGACACUGCAGGAGAUCCACGAGCUCGACAAGGACGACGAGAGCCUGCAGAAGUAUAAGAAGGCGCUGCUCGGAGACGGACACGAGGCCGCCGUUGUUGCAGACCCAGGUGUCCCCAAUGUGCAGGUCACGCGGCUGACACUGAUGUGUGAACAGGCCCCACAUCCCCUCACGCUAGACCUGCAAGGAGACCUGGAGUCUUAUAAGAAGCAGAGCUUUGUGCUUAAAGAAGGCGUGGAGUAUAGAAUUAAGAUCAGCUUCAAGGUGAACAAGGAGAUUGUGUCUGGCCUCAAGUUCAUCCAGCAAACUUACAGGAAGGGCGUACGAAUCGACAAGUCCGACUACAUGGUGGGCAGCUACGGGCCGCGGCCGACGGCCGAGUACGACUUCCUGACCCCACUGGAGGAGGCGCCUAAGGGCAUGCUGGCGCGCGGCACCUACAACAUCAAGUCCAAGUUCACCGACGACGACAAGCAUGACCACCUGUCGUGGGAGUGGAACCUGGACAUAAAGAAAGACUGGACGGAAUGAAUGAGCUCAGCUGGAGGGGUGGGGCCCCGGGGCCUCUGGGGCCUGGGGGCCUGCCUUCCCUCAGCUCCCUCCCUGCUGCUGAUGAUGAUAAUGAUGCACCCUUCCCCUCCCACCAGCCCCAACCUCCACACCCCUCCAUUCAUUGCCCCCACCCCCCCUUCAUUCCUUAUAUCUCUCUCAUUUGUUCUUCCCAUUCCUUUUCUCACCAUUAGUGCUCUCUCUCUCUCUCUCUCUCUCUCUCUCUCUCUCUCUCUCUCUCUCUCUCUCUCUCUCUCUCUCUCUCUCUCCUCAUUUGUUCCCCCUUUCAUAAUUUUUUUCACUUUCCUUUCAUUUCAGUCCUUUGAGGUUUCAUUUUUUUUAAUUUACUUGUGCUCAUUUCAAAGGUCUCAGGCUCUACAUCAGCCGCCUUUUUUACUGUUGCCUACUCCCUACCCCUCCAUCCAUCCUUCCUUUUCAUUCCCUUUUCUCUCUCUCUCUCUCUCUC